ACAAGACUAAGUUGGCCCUUCACUGGAGCUUCACUGUUCGCCACCAUGGUUGCCUUUUCCCGAUUCGUUGCUGGCCUCUCGGUCAUCGCGGCCUCCCUCGCCGCUCCUACGGAGGUAGCCGAAAAGAAAGUUGAAACGCGUGGCGAGUAUAACUUCUUUCUCGGGCCUGACCACCCUCUCUCUCGUCGUAACUUAACCGGCCGUUCCAACACAAAUUACAAUCAAGAUUAUACCACCGGAGGAACGGUGAAUUUCGUGCCGUCGACUAACGGAUUCUCGGUCAAUUGGAAUACUCAACAAGAUUUCGUCGUUGGUGUUGGCUGGAACCCCGGCAGCAACCUUCCCAUUACUCAUUCAGGCACUUUCAAUGUGGCUAGCGGUCUUGGCAGUCUUUCCGUCUACGGAUGGACCACCAACCCACUUGUUGAGUACUACGUUAUGGAGACCAACAUUGGAAUCAGCACAGGCGGCUCGCAGAAGGGGACGCUCACCAGUGACGGAGGCACCUAUGCUAUAUGGGAAAACCAGCGUGUCAACGAGCCUUCUAUCAUUGGCACGGCGACCUUCAAUCAGUACAUCUCCAUCCGACAGGGAGGACGAAGCAAUGGCACCGUCACUAUCCAGAACCACUUUGAUGCGUGGGCGGCAGCUGGUUUGCACCUCGGCACGAUGAACUACCAGGUUAUUGCAGUUGAGAGUUGGAGUGGCAGUGGGUCGGCUCAGCAGUCCGUCUCCAAUACUGGCUCCGGAACUCCUCCUCCUCCUCCUCCCGGAAGCACAACCUCAUCGGCACCUGGCUCCGGACCUACAGGUGGCGGUUGCUCCGCCUUGUACGGCCAAUGUGGUGGUAUCGGCUGGCAAGGCCCUACGUGCUGCUCCUCAGGUACCUGCAAGGUCGGAAACGCGUACUAUUCUCAGUGCCUGUAAGCUAGGGAAUCUUCAAACGCCGUUGAUACAUGGGUUGGUUAGAAGAGUCGAAUACAUGUGAGAACUGAAAUUGCAUUUUUUUAACCAAAAACAUGAUUAAAUCAGAUGGAGGCAGGAUGUGGUCAAAGAAGCGGGUUACGAAGAACGACGUAACGCAUUGUUAAGAAGAUCACCGUACUAAACAGCAACUAGAUAGCAUCCAUACCUAUAUGAAAUAAGAGUUGGAC